AUGGUCGGUUUUAGUGGCACAUUAAAAUUGGAAAUAUCUGAGGCCAGCGAUCUAAAACCGACGAGUCUGCAUCAUCAUGGGGUGAAAUUGACGAAUAUCGAUCCUUAUGUAUCAAUUUAUGUCGACGAAAUAUUCCUGGCGCAAACGCAAGCGAAGGGCAAGACUUCUACACCUCGCUGGGAGGAAGCGUUCGAGAAAUUUAUAGACUAUGGCGAGAUUUUAGGUUUAACAGUGUUUCAUAAAGCUAUCCUACCGCCCGAUCCGUUCGUCGCAAAUGUUACAGUGCCGUUCGAGCAACUCAUGAACGAAACACAGACGGAUUACUUAUGGGUGAGCGAAAUAUAUUGAUUUGCGGUUCGAUAGAAAGUACAAGCGUUUAAACGUUCACCACAUAAAUAUUAUUCCCACUAGAUAAAGCUCGAGCCCUCUGGACAAGUGAGAAUUAAAAUAGAACUCAAGGAAUCGAAGAGCACAG